AUGCACCUGGCUCAGCCAACCGCGAGCCACAACCGGCGCUCGCCCUCGGUGAACACCUUCAGCACCGUCUCCAGCUCAGGCAUGGUCCCUCCCGCGGCCUACCGCACAAGCCCGACCGGUGAGAUAAGGAGAUCAACAUCCUCCCGCUCCGGCGGUGCCGCUUCCGUCUCGCCCACCUCCUAUGUCGCCCUUCUGCGGAAGCAAAAGGCGACCGUUUGGUGCGACCGUGCUCAGUAUGAAGACCCUAGGCUGCUGGCCCAGCAGCGGGCAGCGAAGAUGAGGGCCACCCAAGAAGUGGUCGGCUCAGGCGCCGGAUUCACGGGAGCCGCCGCUGGGCGUACCAGCACCGGCCUUAGCAGCGCCGGCGGCAAGGUCGCGGCAAAGAUUAGACAUCACGGCAAGCCCGGCGUGGUAGGCUAUUCGGCGGGAAGCAACUACAUCGGCGUCGGCGGCGUCCCCCUACGGCUCAGCGCCACUGAGGUCGAGGGCGAGGACAGCGACGACGACGACCUGACUAUGCAACGCUUGCACCACCGUAGGACGGGGAGCAGCGGGCGCAGCAGCACGGCCAGCGGCCGCCGCGCUCUGGCGUACAGGACGUCGGGCGGCCUCGUCGCCUCGAGCUCGCAGAGCGGCGGCAGGAGAUGGAGCCCCGGCGACACUCCCGAGCGGACGGGCAGCUUGGUCGAGGAGCAGACGCUGGUCGACGACGCUGCCAGCGGCAGGGCGCGCAGCACUGCCAGUGGCAGCAGCGCCGAGAGGGCGGACGCCGUCCCCGAUCUGGGCGGUGCCUCUCGCCUGCCUGCCAACAGCGCCAAGCAUGCCACCGUUACGAGAGAAAAGAGUGUCAAGAGCGCUGACGAGCUACGGAGACGUGGCAGCGUUGACGAGCGCACGAUGACUCUGACGGCUGGCAGACUGUACAUUGCCAAUCCCGAUUAA